AUGUCGGAGCUAAAAAAGUUAAAAAUUGCGCGGGCGCAUUGCAAAGGAGCGUUGACGCGAAUUGAAAGCUUUGUUCGCGAACCGGCUAAUAUUGCUUCAGCAACAAUAGACAUUUUAGAAGCUUGUAAAGAUAAAUUAAUUUCAGUUUUAAAACAAUAUGAAAGUAUUCAGUUGGAUACUUUAAGCCUAGAUGAAGAGGACUCUGAGGAUAUAGGUGAGAUGGAAGAUAAGUAUUAUAUGACUCUUGGUAACAUAAAUGAAGCAAUUAAAAUUCUUAAUAAAUCAGAGCCCUCUCAAUCUAAUUGCAUGUCUUCGUCUAAAUUACCUAAUGUGGAAAUUUCCACAUUCGAUGGUAAAAAUUGUACAAAAUUUAAACCAUUUUAUGAAUUGUUUAUUGCUGUCAUCGACAAUAAUAGGACUUUAUCGGAUACCCAAAAGUUAUUUUAUCUGCACAAAUAUUUAUUAGAUGAAGCCUUAUCAGUAAUUGUUAACAUGCCCUUAGUAAAUAAAUCAUAUCAGAAAGCACUAACUUUGCUUAAAAAACGGUUUGAUAAUAAGACACGUUCUAUAUGUAACCAUAUAAAUAUACUUUUGGAUAUUCCACCUAUGCUCAAAGGGACAGCAGCCUCAAUACGGACCUUUAUUUCUCAAGUACAGCAGCAGUUACACGCUUUAAAUUUUAAUUUGUUUGGUUUUAAUUUGUAUCCUCAAUAG